CACGCCCUGGUUCAGACGCAGAGGCGCAGACGCCGGCAGUCACUCCAGACGGCCACAUCCUCCCUCUCUCUCUCCCUCUCUCUCUUUCUCUCCUGAUAAAUAACCAGCUGCUUUGUGAAUCAGACGCAAAAAUGUCCGACAAGCCCGACCUCACCGAGAUCGCCAGGUUUGAUAAAACCAAGCUGAAGAAAACCGAGACAAAGGAGAAGAACCCUCUGCCCACCAAAGAGACUAUUGAGCAGGAGAGGAAAGGAGAUGCCAGCCCCUGACCCGAUGGAGAGAAGUGAAGCCAAGCACAACAGACGUUCCUCUGAUGGCACUUUAAACCGACCCCUAUCUACAUUUCCUAUUUCUGUUUAAAGGGUGCUACUGCCCCGAGUAAAGCAUGGUUACUGAGGUGCUGGGAGUCACUGGGGCCUAAGACUGGGAGAACAAGUCAUAUGGGGUGGAAUAAGGGAAUAAGACAGGGUCCAAUCCUGGAUCUUUUACCAAAUUCUGUUCAGUGCAAUGGGGCAUUUUCUUAAUUUUUUAAAAAUGUUUCUUCAUGAAAUAAAGACAAAUGUGAUCAUGCACAGCUCUA